GCAAGACUUGCCGGGAUUUUGUGGCAAGUUAGGUAGUUGUGAUACUUCUGAGGAGGAAAAGGCUUUUGGUGAGCACCUGUCUGGUGAAAAAAAAACUCAUUUUCCCACAUCAUCAUGUCCUCCGAGAACACCUUGGAUGAUGAGGAUACUUUCAAGAUCCUAAUUGCUACAGAUGUUCACCUUGGUUACCUAGAGAAGGAUGCAAUCCGUGGCAAUGACUCUUAUAACACACUGGAUGAGAUCUUAAAAUGUGCUAAGACAAACCAGGUAGAUUUCAUCCUGCUGGGUGGAGAUUUGUUCCAUGAGAACAAGCCAUCACGGCGAUGCCUCCACAACUGCAUCACUAUGCUCAGACAGUACUGCAUGGGAGACACGCCCAUACACUUCAACAUCCUCAGUGACCAGACCGUCAACUUCAACACAACCCAGUUCCCCUGGGUUAACUAUCAGGAUGAAAACCUGAACAUUGCUAUUCCUGUGUUUAGCAUUCAUGGCAACCAUGAUGACCCAACUGGGGCUGAAGGUCUGUGUGCGCUUGAUCUGCUAGGUGCUUCUGGUCUUAUCAAUCACUUCGGUCACUCCCAGUCAGUAGAGCGAAUAGAGAUUAGUCCCAUUCUCAUGCAGAAAGGCAACACCAGGUUGGCCUUAUAUGGUCUUGGUUCUAUCCCAGAUGAGCGCUUGUACAGGAUGUUUGUCAACAACCAGGUAACCAUGCUUCGCCCCAAAGAAGACCAAGAUGAGUGGUUUAACCUCUUCACCAUCCACCAGAACAGGAGUAAGCACGGCCCCACAAACUAUAUUCCCGAGCAGUUCCUGGAUGAAUUUCUUGACCUGGUGGUGUGGGGUCACGAGCACGAAUGUUUGAUAGCACCAUCCAGAAAUGAGCAACAGCUCUUCUAUGUGACCCAGCCUGGCAGUUCUGUAGCGACCUCCCUGUCCCCUGGAGAGGCUACCAAGAAGCACAUAGGGCUGCUGAGGGUAAAGGGUCGUAAGAUGAACCUGCAAAAGAUCCCCCUAAAGACGGUGCGUCAGUUCUUCAUCCAGGAUGUGGUGCUGGCUGACUAUGAAGACCGCUUCACACCUGAUACACCCCAGGUCACAAAGAAGGUGGAGGACUUCUGCUAUGCAAAGGUUGUAGAGAUGUUAGAGGAAGCUGAGAGAGAAAGACUUGGAUGUCCGCUCACCCCAGAGAAACCUCUUAUUCGUCUGAGGGUGGACUACAGUGGAGGAUUUGAGGCGUUCAACACCUCUCGCUUCAGUCAGAAGUUUGUGGACCGCGUGGCCAACCCAAAAGACAUCAUCCACUUUCUCAGACGGCGUGAGCAAAAGGAGGGCAUCAAAGAUGAGGUCAAUGUUGAUUAUGGCAAGCUGUUAAAAACCACAGCAGUUGAGGGGCUUAGAGUGGAGGACCUGGUUAAACAGUACUUUGAGGCAACCGAACAGACGGUACAGCUGUCCCUGCUGACUGAGCAGGGCAUGGGGAAGGCCAUUCAGGAGUUUGUAGACAAAGAUGAGAAAGAUGCCAUCCAGGAGCUGAUCACUUACCAGCUGGAGAAGACACAGCGCCACCUCCAGGCCAGAGGAGUAAUUACAGAACAGGAUAUAGAUGCAGAGAUCAGACGAUUCAGAGACUCCAAAAAGAACACAACUGAGGAGGAGAAUGAAAUCAAAGAGGCUAUGAGCAGAGCCAAAGCUCACCGCUUGGAGCGUGGUGAUGAUCCUUUACACUCAGAUAUAUCCAGCGAAUUUGCUGAUGUUGCUAUGGACUCCGACGAGGAAUCAGCCCUAUUCCCUCCCACAACGCGAGGCCGAGGGCGAGGAGGCAGGGGACGGGGUGGCCGAGGGAGGGGGAGAGGUGCAACUGGCUCUGAACCAAAGCCAGCCGGGCGGGGUCGUGCCCAGAAAUCCUCAGCAACAACCCAAAGCAGAAGCAUUAUGCAAGCAUUUCAAGCUCCAUCUCAGAAGUCGUCUCGGACUAGAGCCACCCCAUCUUACACAGCAGAUGAAGUGGCUAUUGAUGACUCAGAUGAAGAUAUCUCAGUAAUGAAAGCUGCCCGACCGCCUCCAAGACCAGCAUCGUCGUCGUCCUUCACUAAGUACAGCUCCCAGAGCCAGUCAUCUCGAGGAGUUGCAUUUGAUGACAGCGAUGAUGAUGAUGAGGAUAACCCGUUCAAAGGCCCCAGCCAUCGUUCACGGAGAUAACCAUAAAUGCAUCUAUUAUGAAAUUCGUUUUAAUGUUGAUGAUUUUCCAAAAAAUCUGUAAUUGAUAAUUAGGAAGUUAGCGGCUGCAGUGUUGUUCUGAAGGACUUCAAAGUGCGUGUUUCAAUUUUUCUCAGCACUCAGUCUUCCUAAUGCUGACAAUAGAUAAUUACGUUGGUAAGCUACUGAUGCUGAGGGUGAAACUAUCCAUUGAUCUGUUUUGGUGAAAAGG